AUGCUUCAGUCUAUCGGCCUCGUCGGAAUAUGUUUAACAAAACUUUUAUCCACAGAAUUGAAUCGUCGCAGUUAUUUUGAACCAAUUGUUGCAGAUCUGAAUACACUUCAAACAUCGGGAAUAAAUGUUGGUAUAUUUGAUGGUCGAGUAUAUUUUUCGUUCAUAGUAUUAGCAGCUGACCAUUUAGCAUCGAACGAAGUUGGUGGCUUUCAACGUAACUUUAGUUCAGGAUAUUUCUGCCGUCUAUGUUACAUUUCAGCAAGCCAUCAGCAGAAACUAGAACAACUUAUGCAAUCAAAAGAUAAACCAAUAAUAUCUGGUGUUACAGGCGAAAGUUUUCUGACUAAAUUAGUUGGAUUUCAUCCUGUAAACAGUUUACCAUUGACCUGA